GCACAACGCGGGCGAGAGUGUUCUCUUGCCGUACUUACAUAGUAUAAUUUAGGCGUGCCCAUUUCUGUGCAUACUUCCUUUAUAGCCUCGAAUUAUUCUUCACAAUUGCCGCAGAUUCUUCGCCUCACCGCGAACACCCUCUUGUUGGUGCAAAAAGGGAAAAAAAAAAGCUGCAGUAUAUAUAUAUGCAUAUAUAUACGUGCGUAUGCGUACUAGCACAAAAUGUAUAUAUGCCCACAUGGCCGUUAGGUACACGUGACAGUGAUACGUUAUGCAGCUAAAAAGAGGGAAGGCGAGAUUCUGCUUUGGCUUCUUCCUCUAUAUGAAUGAAGGCCCCCACGUUACUGUGCGGGCUGCCAAAUAAAUGGUCGCCAUAAAUGUGACAGGUGCCCCUGUUCACGCCAUGUGCCAUACGUACGUACUGCAUAGGGUAUACAUAAUGAUACAUAUAAGCUUGGCAAAAAAGUCACUUCAAAAAAGUGCUUGAAGUGGAACGGGCAGUAUAAAUAAAUAUACAUUGCAUAUACAUUCCAUUACGUACGACGAAGUGGUUAAAAAAAAAAAAAUAUCCGUGCCACAUGGUUACAUUUUUACAAUUCAUAUUUUUUUGCAUUAUAUUCCACUUUCGUUAAAAUUGUGAAUUGACUUUUUUUUAUUUUAUUUUUUUCAUUUAACGAGUAAGCACAGUUUAUAUAUGCCAAAACAGCAUUUCCACGAGUACAUAUAUUUUUAUGUACCCAUUCAUAUGCAUAUUUUACGUACAUUUUAUUACAGUGACCAUUAUGCCAAGUUACGAGCGGCAUUAAAGAAUGAAAAAAAAAAAAAAAAACAUAAAAACGGGAAAGCAUAAAAUAAAAACAUAAAAAUAAAUCUAUCGCAUUUACCCCAAUAUGUAUAUAUUCAUGUGAAUAGAAAAAUGUACAUUUAUUUACGCACAAAACGCGUUUGAGAUGCUUUUUGGCAAUUAUUCUGUUCAUACGCCAAGGGAAAAGGGGCGCAGUUUUUUCCCAGUACACAAGCCACAUCCAGGUGUUUUUACCUAGCCACGCAUUUUGCAUAUGGUUACUGCCUAUGCCUAUGCGAGAGGUUAUGCUUGCUAGAUAGGCCCAGUCGCGUGAAUGCUUAAAUGCCGAUGUCGAAUUGAGAAGAAAGAGGCAAGCAGGGGUGGCCCUACAGCACCGUACACGAGCGCCCAGUUUUCUGCCAAAGCGUUCACGUGCUCCUUACAUGUUUAAGUACGUAUGUACUUUGUUGAGCUCAGCGUAGUUAUCACAGGCCAUACAACUUGACAGCGUUAACAACGUUAACAACGCUAACAACGCCAGCAGCCCUAAUUCGCCAUAAAGAGAAAAAUGCAUGCACGCACAGAAGCGAACAAGAGUAUGUAGAUGUAAAGCAUACAUAUGAAUGUAUCACAUUGUUGCGUGAUCUUUAGUGAGUAAUUUUUUUUUUUUCCACCCCUGCACGAGUACACAUAUUGCACGGAUUAUUUCUUUGCGGUGUGUACUAUACCAUUUUGUCAUUACAUAGUGGGAGAGCUAAAGAGAAAAGUAAAUAGUGGAAGGCAGUUUUAGUGCACACUUUUGGGUGACUCCCCUCUUUUUUUUUUUCCUUGCGCACAUUUGAAAACUCCAAAGAGGGAGGAAACAAAUGAAGUGUAGAUCAAAAAAAAAAACAAAAAGCAGAGUUAAUGUGUAAAAAAAGUAUAAACACAUUUUUGUUGAUUUAUAAAAGGAGAUAACUCGUGUGCGCACAUACGUGCAUAUUUGUAUGCGUAGUAAAAUAUGCAGACAUUCCAAAAACCGGAAAACGCUCUGAAGAGAGCAGAAGAACUGCAGUUCAUUGGACAAAAUGAAGACGCCCUCCAAAUUCUUCACGCAGCCAUAGGGCACAGAACAUUUCGACUGCAGGGAUGGCACAUACUGCAAGAACAAAUUAUGCUGAGGUAUAUCGAAUUCUGCUUAUACCUAGAAAAGUUAAGCUUAGUAAAAGAUGGCCUACAUCAGUAUAGAAUUAUUUGUCAGCAUGGAAACAUUGCGUCGUUAGGCAAAGUGAUCACUGAUUUUAGGGACAAAGCUGAGGAGAAGGUUCGACUGGCCAAGGAGAAUAUGAACCUAAAUAAAGAAAAAAUAGAACAAGAUGAAAGCAACGUUGAUUUUACAGAAAAAAUUUUAAUGUCCUCUUUGGAUAUUGAAAUAUCGGGAAAAUACGAAAGGAAGUUGCAAAAUUCGUUUAGAAUAUGUAUGGAAACGUACAAAAUGAUUUUGGAAAUCUUGAGGGCUACCCCUAAAUUGGAGAAGGCCUACCAUGAGACUGCAAAAAAGGCUCUCAUUUUCUGUAAAGAAAAUAAAAGAUUGACAGAAUUUAAAAAGCUUAGUGAUUUGUUAAGGAAUCACUACAAUUUAAUUUUAAGGGGAAAGCACAAACCAGAGUAUCAGUCGUUACUUAAAAUUGAGUACCACCUAGAAACGAAAAUAAUUCAGUUGGAAGCGGCGUGCGAAUUGGGCAUGUGGAAGGAGGCAUCAAACAUUGCAGAGGAUAUAUACAAUUUGAAUAUGCACGAUUAUUUUUACCGAACGCUGAGGGCUAACCUCGUAGAGACGGAAGCCUCUGCCGCUGGUGAAAGUGCCGCGCGUAAGGCAGAUAAGGAGAAGGGCCCGUUAAAAAGCGAUAGCAAUGAGACGAGCAAGAAGGGAAAGGACGAAAGCACACAAGAGGAGGAAGACGAUUCGUCCAAGGCAGAAAAGGAAGACGGAGCGAACGAAACGAAGGAUGCCAAAGAUGCCAAAGUGGAAGGCACACACACAGUUGCACAUGUGAAUGAAAGCAGCGGAAAUGUAAAUUACGCAUUAGCCAAAUCGAGGGAAAAUUUAAAAAACUGGAUCGGAACAUUUUACCAAAGAAUGGCAGAUAUCCUAUUUGUGUACGAAAGCGAACUGUUCCAUGGGCUGGCCUGGUUAAAGUACUGUUUUCACAUUUUGAAUUACAGUAGAAACAUCCCAGAGAAGGAGAAAACCUUCAUGUGCACGAAGGCCGUCCUAGCUGUGCUGUCCAUUCCGCUAGUUGGAAAUAAAAAGAAAAACGAAGAUUAUGCCAAGAUAUUUGAAGCACAUAAAAAAAUGUCCCAGCUGUUAGGCCACACCAGCGUACCAAUAAAGGAGUCUUUAAAAAAUGGACUAAAAGUAAGAAACAUUUUUAGUUAUGCAGAUGAAAGUGCUCAAAAGUUGUAUUCUUUGAUAGAGAAUCAGUUCACCCCGUUGAGCCUAUGUCUAGAGUGCGAAGUGCUGCUGAAGGAGCUGGAGGCUACCGAUCACCAUGUGUAUAUAAGCAAAAUUAAGGAAGUGAUUUUCCACAAGUUAAUUUUGCAAUUGUCCAAGGUGUACAGUUAUAUUUCCAUCGAUUAUUUCAUCGAGAAUGUAUGCCCUGAAUCUUUCAUCCCAUGGAAUGAGGCAGAAACGAUGCUAGUGGACUUGGUUUAUCAGAAGGAACUAGAAAUGAGAAUCGACCUAAUCAAAAGGGCCAUUUACUUUGGAGAUAAGGAAAAUACAAAUAGCAGCAAACUAAUCAAAGAGUCGCUCACCAAUCUGUACCAUGAAUUACAAACCGGAUUGAAAAUGAUAAACGAAACGAUUUCCAUCGAGAAUGAAGUGGAACAUCUGCACAUGAAAAAACUCACGUAUGAAAAAGAAUUUGAUAUGCUGGAUAGGGGACACCAUAAAAUAAUGAAUUACGAAACAGCCAACAUUGAAGACAUAAUCGAAAACGAAAUCUUUGAGGAUAAACCAAUUGAAGAUGAAAAACUGCUCAAAAAGAUAUACGACAAAAUUGACGAAGAACAUCACAAGUUCCAACUGCUAAGUGAAGAAAAUAGCAGGAAGAGGAAGGAGCUGCUGAAGAAGCAGAAGGAACUAGAACAAGAACAGCUGAAAAUCAAAAUGGAGAAAAAAUUACUAGAAGAAAAAUUGGAAAAGGAAAAAAGAGAGGAACUAGCCAAAAAAGGAGAAAAACUAAGAAUUAAAGAAGAGAAAACGAAGAAAAAAUCAGAAGCAGCUGAACAAAUGUUAAAGGAAAUUAAAAAGUUGUGCACGAACAAUACCACCAAAAUUCUGAUGAAAGGAAAAUACCUGGACGAAAUUACCAUUGAAGAUAUCCUAAACGGUUACGUAGAUUUUGAAGACAUCGAAGAGGCACAAGAAAAGUUAAGACUAAAUGAGAGAAAUGAAAUUAUUAAAGUUAGAAAAAUGGAGUAUAAAAAGGUGGACCACUAUUUUAGAGCUUUAAGACAAGUGGAGCUUAGCCAUAUGAACAAAUGGAUAGCCCUCGUUUUCCAGGAAGACACAGAAAUUUUGCUACAGGAGCAGAAAGCAGCAGAGGAGGAACAGAAAGCCGAUUUCGAAGCCGCACUGAGGGAAAAAGAAGAGUACGUCAAGUUCUCCAACGAUAUUGAAGAAUUUACCAAAAGCGAAAUGAAAGAUAGAAUUGUGGAGUUUGAAAAAAAUCUGAAGGACCAAAAGGAUCGCCUCCAUCAGUUACUAAAAGAUGAAAAGGUGCAAAGGGCAAAGGACAGGAGGGAACAACAUUUGAGGAAACUCAAAGCGGAAGAAGAAAGAAAAAGAAGGGAGGAAGAAGAGGAAAGAUUAAUGAAGGAAGAAAUGGAAAGGAAAAAGAAAGAAGAAGCCCAUAGAAAACGACUUGACGAAAUUAGCAGAAUUCAAAGGGAAAGAGACUUAGAAAUUGAACAACAACUCUUAAGGAGAAAGGAAGAAUCCAGGAACGGAGAUAAAUAUUACAGGAAAUCUUCCUACGAAGAUGACUUCUCAUGGAAAAGGGGAGGGGAUAAGGCAGGCUCCCAAUAUGACGAGGAUAAUAAUUACAAACGACUCGACGAGGCGCAGGACAGCUCCUACAGGGAUAGAUCGGACAGACGCGAAAAGAGAGAUUGGCCAGGCAGGGACAAAGAAAGAGACAGGGACAGAGAACGGGAUCGCGAAAGGGACAGAGAUCGGGACCGCGAACGGGAUAGAGACAAAGAUCGAGACAGAAAGUACAGGAAAGAUAAGGAGUACAGGAGGGACAGGUCCAAAGACAGAGAAAGGGAGAGGUCUAGGGACAGAGAUAGGGAAUACCGAAAGGAUAAGGAUUACAGGAGAGACAGAGAAAAGGAGCGCGACCGAGACAGAGACUACAGAAGAGACCGAGAUAGGGACUACAGGAGAGACCGAGAUAGGGACUACAGAAGGGAUGACGAUUACAGAAGGGAGGACGACUACAGAAGGGAUGAUGACUACAGGAGGGAUGACGACUACAGGAGAGAUAGAGAUAGGGACUAUAAGAAAGGAGAAAGAAGAAGAGACAGGGACGAAGAAGAAUAUGAAAGAAACGAAUCAGAUGUAAGGAAAAACCAUGACGUGGGUGACGAAGAUGAUAAUGGAAAGAUGGAGAAAGACAAAGGAAGCAACUCAGAUAACGACUCUGACGGGGGCAACCACCAUCAUGCGAAGGAGAGGGAAAAAAUGACCAACGGGAAAGAUAUAACGGAAAAUGAUCAGGCGAAGAAUGAAGAGGGCUCUGAUGGAGGCGGGGACUUCACUGUAUUUAAGAAGAAAAAAAGAAACUUCAUGAAGUUCUUUUCAAAGACGUAAAGUGAGAAGUAGCCACGCAGGUGCGCCGGAAGCGUCCUAGCUGUGUGCUGCCCCCUCCCUUCUGCCCACGUGGAAGUGUGUAUUAAUAUGUAUACAUGCGCGUAUAUGUGCGUAUGUUUAUACACAUGACGUACCUACCUAUGAGUCAGCGCGUGGGAAACCGGCGCUUCCCCCCCAUGGGCUUCCCUCCCCACCUGCUCGCACUGUGUGCCCCGAAUGGUGACCCAUUUGUGUGCGAAGGCACGAAAGAGGACGCGUAAAACAUGCAAGCUGACGCAGUCAAUGCGUGCCACGCGACUGUAAGACGCCAGCACGUCACCACACCAACACACCCACUUGGAAGUAGGGCUAUCCUCCCCAUCGUCGAAGCCGAAGGACAGAACGUGCCCACAAUCCGUUUCGCCCAUUUAUAUAUCACCUCCUUUCCAUCAAAUUAUUAGGCCCUCGAAAGUUUUAACACAUAUAAUACGUUUACAUGUGCGUGUAUAUAAAUGCACAAGUGACACGUGGGCCUAUGUCCACGCGCAUAGGCCCACUCCCUGCCACUUCCUGCCACUUCAUUUUAAUCGUGUUUACAAUGAAAAGGAAAGCGAGCUGAACAGAGAGCGACAAAGACGGCGCACGGGCGAGUUCUCCUGUUCAGCCCGUCCUGCUUCAGUUAACUUCUCUCCCCUCCCCUCCCUACAAAGCAUAUAUAUAUGCAUAAAUUUUCUUGUAUAUAUAAAAUGUUCCCCCCAGAAAUAAUUUCAACUGCACAAAUGUCGCAGUUUCAUUUUUUCUUUUAUAUAUAUAAAGAUGAUAAAAAGAAAAAAUUCCCCCUCACUACCCCAUUAUUACAACCACUUUAUAACCACUUUAGAACCACUUUGCAGCCAUUUUUACGCACCCAUUAUUUUAUCCCCAUGCAUGCACGUGUGCAUGUAGGUACAUGUACACACGUGCUGCUCCAACCUUUGUGCAUAUGCUAUGCCCCCCUACAUUUUUUAAAAAGACAUAUAAAACGAUUUUAAACUGAAC